UUAAAUUUUGAGGUUAUAACAAGCUAACCCUUAAAAACGUAUAUUUUCGUUGAUUUACGUAUAAAAUGGCUUCCAGCGGUGACAAAAACAAGAACAGUCAAAAUGGAGACCAAAAAGAGAAAAAACGUAAAGAAUCGAUUUUAGAUCUUUCCAAAUACCUCGAAAAGACGAUUAGGGUUAAAUUUGCCGGUGGUAGAGAGGCGAGUGGUGUUCUUAAAGGUUACGACCCCCUUUUGAACCUUGUUUUGGAUAACACAAUCGAGUAUUUGAGAGAUGCUGAUGAUCCAUAUAAAUUAACCGAAGACACCAGAGAAUUAGGGUUGGUGGUGUGCAGAGGUACAAGUGUUGUUCUUAUUUGCCCUAUGGACGGCAUGGAGUCCAUACAGAACCCUUUUGUGACACAGGAUUAAGUUUAUAGGUUAGGUUUACGUUUUAUACUUAAAUUGAAUAAAAAUUAGUUUGUAAGGGUGUUUGUUGUUUAAUUGGGUUGAAAUAAAAU